GCUUCCGCUUCCAGUGAGGAGCCGGCGCGGCCCCGCUCCGAGGCCGCCCUCCUUCCGUCCCCGAGCGCCGCGGCGCCGCGAUGUCGAGCUACACCAAGGCCGCGCAGCAAUGGGCCACAUUUGCACGAUACUGGUACCUUUUAGAUGCCAAGAUGCAACCACCAGGAAAAAUUGCAGCCAUCGCUGCCCUCCGACUUCAAGGGAAGCAUAAACCCAUCUACCAUGCACUGAGUGACCUUGGUGAUCACGUUGUCAUAAUAAACACACGUCAUAUUGCUUUUUCUGGCAACAAAUGGGAGCAGAAAGUGUAUUCAUCACAUACUGGUUACCCUGGUGGCUUCACACAAGUGACAGCAGCUCAGCUUCAUCGAAAGGACCCAACAGCAGUUGUAAAACUGGCUAUCUACGGCAUGCUCCCCAAAACUCUUCUUAGAAGAACCAUGAUGCAAAGGUUGCAUCUCUUUCCUGAUGAGGUUAUCCCAGAAGAUAUUCGCCAAAAUCUCGUUGAAGAGCUUCCGCAACCUCGCAUAGUGCCUAGGAGGUUAGAUGAAUAUACGCAAGAGGAAAUUGAUGCUUUCCCAAGGCUCUGGGCUCCGGCAAAAGGUGUUUGAGAAAGGUAGUGGAUCACAUAUAAAAGAACAGAAAGAGUUACCUGCAUAUCUUCUGUCUUCGUGAAGACCAAAUCCUCCCAGGACUUUACAGUUUGGUUGUUGUACAAACAUUUAAUUUAUCUGCUCUAAACUGUGAUUUUUUUUCAAAUAUAGAGCAGUAUUACUUGGUGAAAAUAAUCUUCCGUGUGAUGCAAAGCAGAGUCUGCAAACUGAAAGAAAGUUUUUAAGAAUUGCUUUGUUAUCACAUUUUCCCCUCUCUGUUUUUUCUUGGGGUGGUGUUCAGGAUGCCACCAAAAAGAAUCAGCACAUCACACCUUUGUACAUCUUCCUGGACUUGGGGUCAACUUCUUUUGUAGCACACUGACUCUGUGAUUAAUAGAACAUUUGAGCAAGUAUGCUUGGUGAUAUGUUGUCCUGUUUCUUCUGAAGCCUUCAUUAUCCAGUGAUCUCCCACACUUAAUUUAAGGCAGCCUGUUACAACAAGGGCUUCCACAGAUGCAUCCUUGCUUGGAUAGCUGGCCAGGUCAACGUCAGCACCAUCAGUUUAAGAUAAGUCCAGUUUUUCAUCUGCUUCUUCCAGGAGGGAAAGUGGGAUGAAGCUAGGAUUCGUACACUAGAUGCUGGCAUCAGAGCCAGGCUUCUUUAACCUGGUGAGCUCUGGAUCCAUUAUCCACAGCUACCAGGUCAGUGAUACAUGGGGAUGAUCAGAGUUACAGUCCAAGACAUACAGAGGACAUGUCAGCAGGGAAUCUAAUAUAGUCAGUCAUGCAGAGGUUUAUUGAAAAUGCCAUGUUUUAGCUGUAGACUUCAAAAGCAGCAUGCAUACCAUUAAAAUACAAAUAAAACUUCAAAAUCACAACAAAUCCAAUAAAUCACAAUACACUGACCAGUUUCUUAGAAGAAAAGAAGGAAAACCAGGGAGACAACAAUGUAUCCAGCAGGAGAGAACAUUGAAGCAUACAGCACACAGGCAGUAUCCUGCUAAUUUGUGUACAUCUCUGUUUCAAGGCCACUGUGGUUAAGAAGCAGCUUAGUAAACAAUGUACUUCAAAAGGCGUUUUUUCUUAUUGAGCAGAAUAUGCCAUUUGCUUAAAUUGCAGAAUAGGUAUCUGAGGUAGGUACCUCAUCUGUGUAUUCUGUACUAAAUGUGUCAGUUUCUCUUUGUUACUAGACCAUCUGGUAAAAUCUGUAACUCUCCUAGGAUUAAAAAGUGAGUGGAUUUUGGAAGAAUGCUUGAAACUGCACAUCUGUCUUUUACAACUUCUGGCACAUGUAUAAAUGAUAAAUGAAACUUUUAAAAAACGGGUUCAAUAGUCUUUGUUAGUGAAUUGUUAUCAGAGGGUGUGAUUUUUUUUUCUUCCUUCUUGUAGUGCAGCUUUUUAAUGAUAUCACUUAUUUACAGAGAAUGAAUAUUUAGUUAUCAAGACUGUAAAUUUGUGAUUUAGUUCUGAUACUGUAACAGACAGUCCCCAUGGUCAUAGCAAAUCUGGCAGUCUCCUCUCCCAUUUCAUGGUAUGCACUUAUGUCUGACAGUGUAGACCAACAUUAAAAAUUCAGAAUUUUAGUAAGUGAUAAAUGCUUGCCUAUGUUGGAAAAACACACAGCAUUAAUGUAACUAGCAUGGACUUGGUAACUGCCUACAUACUAAGACCAUCAUUAAAUUUUGACCUGGUUUACAGAGCA